AUGAUGCUGGAGUUUGAAAGCGACUUUAAAUAUCUAGCGCCGGCAAUUUUUGAGGCCAGUGCUUUAGCGGAGGUAAAACAAACAUAGCUCGAUUAACUUAAUUAAAACACGCAACUUGAGGUUGUAGUUCGUUUCUUGUGACUUUUUUACCGAUUUGAAGAUAAAUUUAAAGAGACAAAUGCUAAACUUAGGUGGUAUGCAUGUAUUUGCAUGUGCUUUGGAUUUUAAAGAAAUUCUUACCAACUCGCUCCAACUCUUUUUUAUCAGUGAAUAGUAUCGUCCCUAUGUCAAAGCACAAAUUAUAAGUCAUUAAUAAUAUGCUGUUUUUAUUUUAUAUCUUGCAUUUUAGACGAGAGAGAGAACCUACCUCUACGUAUUUGAGCAUCGUCCGGACUUUACGCAGGUCCCGGCAUGGGCUGGGACAGUUCGCGGGAUGGAUGUCUCUUUUGUGUUCGGAGCACCAUUUAAGAAGCUUUCCUCUUUAAUCGACUAUUUCACGCCCAGAUUUUCCGAAAUCGAAAAGGGAUUCAGCCUAUACAUGAUGAAACUGUGGACGGAUUUUGCCAAAUUUGGGUAAGAACCGAUUAGAGUGUUCCUUAGUUUCCACUUCUUCCUUCAAAAAUUGUGAAUUUAGGGAUCAGAAUGGGGCCAACUUCUAGGAGAAUCACGGCCUCUCUCGCCACGCGUUGCUUAGAAUCAAACGGUCUUUUCCGCACAUAGCAUAGCUAUUACUUAAUAGGUUUUUUUCCCUUUUCAGAUCUCCUACUCCUCCUGGUUCUUCGAAAAUCACAUGGCGAGAAUUUACCAAAGACGAGCAGUUUUACGUAGCCCUCGACGUGAAACCGAGGCUGAAGCAACGCUUUAGAGCCAGCCAAGUAGCUUUUUGGAAUGUCACAAGUAAGAUUGGUAGAAGAGGACGCAAAGGAAAGACAACUCCCAGAUCUUAUUUGUAACUAAUCCGAUCCAUUAAAGGAAAACUGAUAACUGACAUAGUAAGUGAAAAACGCUAACGUUAGUUUAAAGCAAAUCGUUAAUUGACAACUCAAAAAGAAAUUCUUUUUUUUUAAUUAUAGAUAACUCCACCGUGUAUACAAUGUGUUUUCAGUUAAAGUGUGUCAAAGACUGAUUAUCAGAAUAGUUGUGAGGGAAAUAGACAGAGGGAAAUAGUCUCGGACCGCCGAAAAUCUACAUGCUUGGUCUAGUGCCACUUGUUAGAAGCCAAAAAAAAAUGGUAAAGGAGUUCAAUUUUCGCGAAUAAUAAUAAUUCCGUAACUAGGAAUUACGGUUUUCGAAAAACUUUCCUACUGCUACGGUGGCUAAACUCAUACUCCUGUUCAUACUCUCUCUCUCUUUCUCUUUUAAUAAUUUAGGUCAAUUACAUCUAAUAUCAAAAUAAUCUUAAAUUUUUUGUUUUGUUACGAAACCCUAUAUAAAAAGAAACUGCAUAAGGUGUCUUGAAUAAAACAUAAGUAUGAUUUGAUGCACUGAUGACGCGACAACUUAUUUUGUCUAUGCGAAUUAUUGAUUUUACCAUGAAAGCACAAUUCAAUGUUCCAUCUCUCAUUAAGGUUUAAGGUUGCCAUUUUUCAUAAAUAUAUUUCGUUUUGCCGGCUGACCACCGUCGAAAGCUUGAAUAAAAACAUUAAUUAGAAGUGUCCAAUUGAUCAACAAUUACUUUUGACCCGGAAGACGUUGAGGUGCUUUAAAGGCUUUCCUGUAAGUAACGUAAAGUUCAAAUCGCUGAAAGAUGAUCUGGAGGAAUGGCGAUGAUGAUGUAAAUGAAGAUAUUAAAUUUUAAGUCCGGCGAUCUUUAAAUGAAAGAUAAUGUUAUUCAGAGAUUGGCACAGACAUGCUCAGAAGAAAAGAACUCCCAGUGCUUCCAAUAGGGGUCGAACUUAGGAUAUAGAUAUUCUAAUAGGGGUCGAUCUUCCGGUAAAUACUUCGUAUGCUCUACCACUGAGCUGUAGGAGAAUCGUGGCAAGUGAGGUCGUUUACCUAGGUCCAAGAAGACAACCUUCUUGAAUACCGCUACGAUAGGAAUGUCGAUACGUUAUGCUUCUGCACAACGACAACGUACUAAUGAAUAGUAAUCGAAAGAUCGUAAGAUCGACGAGUUUGCCUGUGUCAUUCGAUGAAUAACGUAAUCCUUUAACAGGAAUGUUAAAGACAUGAUUGCUCAUACGCAGUCUUACAACGUUUCAGAGCACGCUCACAACACGCUCACGCUGCGAUACCGAGUAAAGGUUGAUAAUCGUGAUCACCAUAGUUAACCACGCAAUGAAAAGAUAGUUACUCAGAUAAGAUUCCACUGGUAAAUAAAAGCUAACAUACAAAUGUAUGCAGUUAUUUGAGCAAGAACGGCCGCCUCCUGUGAAAGAAACUUUGAUUGUAAAUUAGCAUUUCUACGUUAUUUGUGGAUGAACACUGAAGGAAAUAUCUUUCGUUUAAAAUUUUAAAUUGAAACUUUUCUUUUCCUCCCCCCCCUGGUAUUAUGUUUGUAUUCACGCGAGGCGCGAGUGAUUUCACAAAAUAAGUCAAUACUGCCAAAGAACUCUAACCUUGACAUUGAAGACUGACGUGGACAUUUUCGCGUACUUUUGUUGUUUUUUCAACACUUUGGAGUUGUUUUUAAGCUGUUUUUCAUGCAUAUGUGUUAGUUCUCUGUUUGGGGUAACACAUACGAUUCAGAGUUUAUUCCCAGGGCUUGUAAAGCUCAAACGUUUGGGGUAACACAGAUGAUUCAGACGCAUUCAUCUUUUGCUGUUUUUCUGGAACAAGAAUAAGUGUUUCUAAAUUCUGGAAUGGCCAUAAUGUUAGGAAUUCUGGGAUUCAUUAUAAACGACAAACCGUAGUAUACGGUUCUUCUUGGCAUUCGCCUUUGUUCCUAUCGAGCCACAUAAACAAAAGGAAAAUUUUUAUUAGUCGUGCCAUCGGACACGCCGCUGCUCAGAGGCCGCCGAGUCAUUUCACUUACUGCCUAUUGCUGAGCGUGUAAUUGUAAUGUGCGUUCACUUUAGUACACGUUUCCCGUGGAGGGUCACAUUUGGAAAACUGGGAGCUAACAUUAUACGAUCAUACACUGAGUUUCUAUCAUCGAAAAAAAAAAUAACAAAAUGGAAUACUUACAUACGUAAGAGUAUCCAUGGGUUUCUACCUUCAUGCAUAUCUUAAUCACGAAAGACACUGGAAAUAUUCUGACAUAUUGCCCAACUUUUUUUCACUUUUUUUUCGUUCUUUCACUUUGCUGUAGAUCAAAGCACUGGCUGAUGUGCCUCCAGAUAAUUCCGGCCACGGCAAAAAAAAAAGAAAACAUACGUUGAAAUAUCAUAGUUGGGAGGUCAGCAGUUCUAUUUGUCUUUUUCAAACUCGAUCUCUACAAUUAGGCAUAUUUAAGUGAAAAAAGGGAAACUUAAGUAAAUAAGACAUAGGCAAAAACCAAACCUUUAUGGAAUUCCAGUCGUUCCGAAAGUCCUUCUCAGGUGAUACCUGGACCCUGUAUAUUGUUAACCAGGCGGGGCGUGGCCUCACGUCGGAACAACCUCGGAUUUUAAAUCCACAAACAGGAUACAGAUAUGAAAACUUAUUGUGGUUGUUGUGUUCAUCUGGGGACCAACCCCUAUCCUCAAGUCGGCCAUUCUUUGCGGGAUGGCUCUGGUCUUCGCUCGAUGCACUCAUUAUAUAGUUUAGUUUACAUGGCACGGUGGUCGAACGUUAGCGAGAGAUCUGGAUUCGAGACCUGGUUGAGUAGUUGCGUUAAUUUCUUCAGCAAGACACUCAACACUCCCUACCCAGGAGUUUAAACCAGUACCGGCGAACUGUUAAGGUAAUCAGACGAAACGCUGGGCGGUAAAAAGCGAUGGAACAGCAUUCAGGGGAAGUCGCUUCACAUACUUCAUGCACCGAACAAACUUGGCGUCAAGCUCGUCAUUACGUGCGCUCCUAUGUGGACUACUCAGUUCAAUUUCUGGUUUAAAAAAAUUAAACUUUUAUGUUUUUAUUCAAUGUUUGACCAUUAGAUAUUUCAUAACUCAAGUUUUUCACAAUUUUGAUCUGAUGGUAACACGACUUUGUGUCGCCAUAUUCUGUCUGCAUUCAUAUUCAUGUUGCCUGAUUUUGUCAAUUAUUCAAAAAAAAAUUGUUUCCUACAGUCGGUACGAGAGAAAACAAUACAAGGGAAAUUACCGAUUUGACUGGAAAAAAAAUUAUUUUGACUGCAUUGUGCUCUACAAAAUAGGGCAUCAUCAAAAUCACGGCGUAGUAUUUUCAAUGCCGUUUUGCAUCAAUAAACCAAUGAUAAGUUGACGAAAUAAGACUCGGACUAUUGAAUAAAUUGACCCUGAGCUCAAAAUUUCACGGUGAAAGGUACACUUUUCAGGUAUGACAAAUAAAAUGCAAUUUUGAAUAUACUAUCUCCCUUUGUGCUGUAAAUGAGUCCCAGAAGAAGCCUUCCAUCCUUACCUACUUAGGGCUUUUCCUGCAGUCAGUGUUGUUUGUUUGCAUAUAAUUUGCCUCAAAACUAAAAUUUAAACUCUAAACGGGAAAAAGCGAUUAACAACAAGGACAACAGGUUUAUUGUGAUUUACAAUGUCUUUUAUUUAUAGUAAGCUUGGUUGGCCGAUGGAAGCUUUUUUUACACCAGUGACAACCACCUCUCAGUACCAAAAAAAUAUUAGAGUGCCCCUUAGAAAGAAUAGAGAUCAACGUGAAUUUAACAAGUUUGAUCAUUUUUCUCUAGGUGAAAUACCGUUGUCGAUAAGAUUUCAGACAAAGCCGCUCGCGUCAACGUGUCACGCAAUGGUCACACAGUGAAAGAAUCUUGGAUCAAUAUCAGUAGCUGAGAACAGACCCUUAUGUAAAACUACCGUACAAUUUUAACAAAACACCCCCUUAUAUAACUCGCCAUUGUUACAUAGCGACCAUUCAGAGGUACAGUUAAAAACCCCUGGAUGUAAGAUACGAAUCUAAGACCCCUGGAUGUAGCGACAGCAUCACGAUCGAUGUGAUCAUCUGCGCGCCGACCCCGAGAUGUAAGAUUUUAUGAUCGCAAUAAACAUCUGGGCACGGGUUUUUAAUGAAUAUGAUCAGAAAAUCUCUUCUCUAAUCUAAACCUAAUCCUGAGGGAAAAAAGGCUAAUUGAUGUUUAAACAAGCGACGUAGAUAAGUUAUUGCUGAGUAGUUCUUUUUAUUUGUUUAUUUUGUUUUCUGCUUCAACAGACAGUGUAACGUACGGUGGUAGAACAGUUUUAACCUCAAAUCGAAUGCUUGCGUUGAUUUGCUUCUUGAGAUUAUCUUUAUUUUAUGUAUGAAACGAAAAAGGCAAUACUUGGUAUGGCGAAGAAACCUGGUUUUAGGUCCAAAUCAUGAUCUUGAGGUAUCCAAAUCACUGGAAUUUGCUUCCCUUUCAGCAGUCUGGUCCAGCCUCGUCCUUGACUUGAACUGAGUAUAAAAUUUAAAUACAAAAAAUAGCGGGUAAACUCAGAAAUAAAGAUUUGUCGUUGGGUAGUAAACAACUAGAGGUCUAGCGUCACAUUCGUGCCCGAUAAGUAGACUAACGUCGCUGCCUUGGCCAAAGAUUAUUUUCUUAAAUAGUCUCUCCAUCGUUCAGAUGGACUAUGUGCACUCGAGUAACGCUUCUAUUAAUUUUUUUGAUAUUCUUGUUUUCUGAGUUACACUUUAACAGGUAGAGCGUUCUUUGAAUCUUUACAAAAAUGGCGUCUUGUUUAAGGUUCUUUGUAGAAUCUUUAGCUUUUCCUGUUCAAACACAUGAAAGUUAUGAUCGUAAUUCAAACACAGUAUUGCACCACGCACCUUCUUGCAAGAGGAAGACUCGACUCUUCCGAUUUGCCUAUCUUGAAUUGAUAACCGGAAGAGGUAAUAAAGUUGUAUUGUAUUCAUAACCUCUGUUACUCGUGCAUGGUAAUUUGGAUGAUAAAUCACAGCCAGUCAACUAUCUCUAAACGAACACCCUCAGGAAUUGGAAAAAGUUUCCAUUACUAGAACUGUCCGCCUACUAAAAUUAUUCCCGUGAGUGGAAAGCAAAGAAAAGUAGUGUGGAUGUUGGCUAAUGUCAAACAAACCGCCUGCCAGCUUGCUCUCCCGCGGAUAAACAGAGAUUCGACAAAAGCGAUCCUAAUUGUUCCGUUGCUCUGUCGAAGUUCAUUUUUUUUGGUUGCACAAAUUGUUUUGCUAAGAAUCAGUUAUUAUCUAUGGGUGUCCGAGAAAGCGUAAGCAAAAUAAAAUCCAAUUUUCAAUUUCAAGUGUCCACGUCCACUUAUGAGAGAGUGUCCACUUACGGGGAUGCCAUUCAAUAACGAUGUAAACACAGAAUUUGACUGGAAAGCAAAAAGGUCAUGGGAAUUGGUGUCCUUGAAUAGAAAGCUCCGCUUACGAUAGUAUCCGUUUGCGGAAAGUUGACAGUAUAAAUAAGGCGGUUUUGUUCUGGGGUCAUGAUUUUGAGCAUUUUCAGUUUGUGUGUACAUGUGUUUAAAUCAUUUUUACUAAGUAUUUGUAUCUUAAGUACACUUUUUGAAACGUUUUAUCAUUGUCAAAUUAGAUCAAACAUCACUCAGUAAACAUGACAGGAACAGCUAAGGAUAAUGUGAUCUCUUAACGCAGCUAAAAACCAUCCCGCGAUUUCCUUUUUCCUUUAGCACAUUUCCGUUUCUGUUCCUGUACCACUGAGCAAGCACAAGACACGAAAUACAGGUAACCUUAAUAAAACUCGCUUAGAAUAGUUUCUAAGGCCUGAGGAUAUUUUUUUUAUAAGUGGAACCGUUCGUUAUUGAAAAAUGUAAAUUGACUCGCUGGCCAGACAAGGUAUUUUGGGCUAAUAUUAAAAGCUGAAAAGUUGUCAUUUGAGUGCUUCUGGGAAACAGUUUCGGGUGUGACAGGAUACUGAUUAAUGUUUCUUCCGCUGCAUUGAAAAGCGAAAAUUGAAAGGCUACUUUUACUAUUAUUACACUAUUAGCUCAUAUCAUGCUCAUGCGCAAAUGAAAACAAUUAUAUUGUUAUAAAGUCUCGCUUUGAAAAGGUAGGACAGAUUCGUCCUCACACUACUCACAAGCAGUUCCUUCAUCACUGAGGUAGAUCAUAUUACCUCUGAGGUUGCCGAGGAAAAGGCAACCUACGAGAAGUAAGUGGUUGUAUUAUAAAGCUUGCUAAAUAUUUAUUCAUUUGUUCCCGUUAGGAAAUCCUGUGCUGACCCAAGGAAACUAUAAGUGUGUUUAUGUCUACUAAUCAAUUAACUGAAAAUCUAUGAUCUAUUAUUGUUGCAACGUGUAUCAGGGCACAGCUGAAGGACGAUGUCAGGAAACAAUUAAUGCUGACCAACGAAAGAAACAGCUUGUCUUUAAAUAUUGAACCAGAUCACAAAUACUAACGACAGAUUAGAUGAUAAGGCAAUUUUACAUUUUCCCUCCAGCAGACAGGUGUUCACUAAACUUCAAGCGAAACUCCCUGAGUGAAUCAAAACAUGUCUUCCUUUACUGCUCUGUUGAUUUUGCUUACCCUAGGUAAGUUGAAAGAAUAUGAACUGUUUUUUAAAUGCUUCGGCACUUAAAUGAGACCGUAUUGAUUAAAUAAUGAGGGUCAUUGAUGCUUUUUCCGUCACAAUAUGUCUGUGUCUCUUGUGCAGUGGCGUGCGCUCAUUUAGACUGAGUUAAGUUGAGUCUUUUAAUUGCUCAUCAUCCCAGUCAUCUUUUUGGGUGGUGAACCUCAAUUUUCAAAAUGUGCUCACAAAGUGAAAAAUAAUAACAGUCGAAGCCACAUUUUCAAAUAACAAUGAAGGGAGAGCUCAGAAAAGUUUAUAAAGAGUUCAGAUUUUUCUGAUAACUAUACAUGAACAUGAAAAAAAAAAUACUGCAAAAAGAUCUUUAAACUUGUAUUAGUCUUUUUCGAAAAUUAUGUAUUCAAAUUUCAUUCUUUCUGAUUCCUUUGUCCUUUUCGGUAAAAUUCCUUUCAAAUUGCCAGUUGUUUGGCGAGAAGGUUUUUCAUGACUGAGCCCAUAAGUCACCCACAUCAGGCUUUUUUUAUUGCACGGAUUCAACAAAUUUAACUUUUGGUGGAUCAAUGUAAGUGAAACUGUUUGUCGGAAAAAACUAUUACAUGUAAACGAACGUGCCUCCUUUCCUGGGGGGAAAAACCAAAGAUAUUCAGGGGAUUUUACGAAAUCACAGGAAGAAAUUUGCAGAUCAAUGAACACGACUAUUAAUCAGUUCACACGUGAUGACUUUUGUGACAUAAUAAUCUGAUUUAUUUACGUCGCUGCUUAAUUCGAGGAUCAGCAUUCUCACUAAGUCUUACGAUAUUGAAAACAUCUUCUCUAGCUCAAAUUCUUCUUACAUUAAACUUCAAAUUGAUUAAAGUCUUGACAAAGCGAAACCGAAGCAUAUAUUCGAAUCUCGCCAAUACAAGCCGUCAGAUCGAGUAUUUCUUUCUCGUCGACCAACAAAGAAAUGCUUUGAUUGUGAGCAUUUCAUGAUUCUCAGCUACGAAAUCUUAGACUCAAAUGAUUUUGAAAAAUUAUAGAGGGGCUUCUAAAUUCCCCAGCUUUGAUUGUGAACGAGUCAUUUCCUAAGUCACUUUCUCCAUAGUAAGCACUUUCACUUUAGCAACUUCCUUUAGUUAAAACCAGCCAAUGAAAUGGAUACAUGCAACUGUGAUAAUAUUCCUCAUUUCAGUAUUUUCGGUUUCCACAAAUCCCGGGAGUCCUCGAGUAUCUGUCCUGUUUAUCCGUUCAGUUAUCAUCUUUUCCCCUUACGUGUGUAAUUUGAUAUGAAGAUAAUACAUUGAGACUUACUUCUUUUUACAGGUCAACUACAGGGCUUUGUGUUUACUGUCCAAGGUUAGAGCACUACUAAUUUGCUAGAGCGUCGUCACUCUACAAGAGAAAAAAAUACAAGGCAAAUUCCCGAUUUGACUAAAAAAAACUAUUUUGACUGCAUUGUGCUCUACAAAACAGGAAGUCAUCAAAAUCACGGCGUUGUAUUUUCAAUGCAGUUUUGCAUCAACAAACCAAUGAUAAGUUGACGAAAUAAGACUCGGACUAUAGAAUAAAUUGAUCCUGAGCUCAAAAUUUCAUGGUGAAAGGUAAACUUUUCGGGUAUGACAAAUAAAAUGAAAUUUUGAAUGUACUAUCUCCUUUCGUGUUGUAAAUGAGUCCCAGAAAAAGCCAUCCAUCCUUAACUACUUAGGGCUUUUCCUGCAGUCAGUGAAGUUUUAUUUGUAUAUAAUUUGCCUCAAAACUAAAAUUCAAACUCUAAAGGGAUAAAAGGGUUUUACAACAGGGACAACAGGUUUAUUGUGGUUUAAAAUGUACACUUUUAUUUAUAAUAAGCUUGGUCGGCCGAUGGAAGUUUUUUUUACACCAGAGACAACCACCUCUCAGUAACAACAAAAUUUAAGAGUGCCCCUAGGAAAGAAUAGAGAUCAACGUGAAUUUAACAAGUUUUAUCAUUUUUCUUUAGGUGAAAUACCGAAAAAGCAUAUGUGUCCCAACGAGACGUUACGUCUGGAAUGUAGAGAACUGAAAUCUUCGAAUGAAUACAUCAAAUGGAAAGUUAGGGAUUCUAACAGCUUGAAAAUGAUUGAUAUUGCUUAUUGCAACAAUUCCCAGAAAUGUAUUCUUCUGAGUCAUUCACAGGAGUUUGACGGAAUAAUUGUUAAAGGAGUAUCCAAAGAAAGUCUCAUCAUAAAACGGUCAACACGAGAGGCAAAGAAGAGAAAAGUGACCUUUACAUGCGAGGUCGAAUAUGGAAGUCGAACCACUAAUAACCCAGUUGUGAUUGAUCUUUCCACCAAAUGUAAGUCUUUUUUCAUUUCUCUCCGUGCGCUAGAGCAACUAAUUCGAUCAGGUAACAUUUUAUCUAGUGGUAGCAUACUGGUCAUGCCUGCUGAAUGAAUGAACGUUGGCGGACAGCAAUCGAAAAAAGGACGUCUUCAAUACGCAAAACAAGCCCUAAGAGACUAAAAUUAUAAGUACAUUACUCUACAGUCUACGAAGGAUAUGAUAAAGAAUGUAUCUCCACCCGAGUGUGAUAGCAAGGAAAGGAAUGGCUUUAAGAUUUCCCUUAUAAUCAUCCAGCUUCCAGUCUGUCGUUUGUCUGCAAAAGGACUUUAUUUACUAAUCUUUUCAUUCCAGGUAUCUGGGCCCAAGAGGGAAGCGAUGUGAACCUGACUCACCACUUAGUCAAGAUGGUGCGGCAAUGGACACGAGUAGAGGACCUUUAUAUCAGAAGUAUGCCAGAUGCAAAGGAAGCAAUUGCGUACUGCACAAGUACGCAAUGUAAAGUACUAGAUCAUGGCUGGCCUGGGUUUCGAGACAGAUUUAUGCUGAAUAAUAAUGCCGUGAUGCUUAAUGGAAUAAAGAGAGAAGAUGAUGGCCUUGAGAUGACAAUUGUGAUUUAUUGGAAAAACGGUGUCCGUAGCGGUGGGCGGGAUGAGCGCUUCACGCUCAAGAUUUGCCUGAGAGAAGAAAUACCCGAAGGUUAGAUAUUAGGACCGGUAGCGAAUCUUAUGAAAAGCUCUAACUUCCUUCAUAUUUUUCCUCAUUAAGGACAUUACUUCAAUGUGAAAAUGGUAUAUAGUUGGUAAAUAUGAACAGAUAUCACGCAAGAGACGCGGCAAAUUGACCUGGAAGACAUGCAUGGGUGUUUAUUUCAGAAACCGUGCUCGACAUAUAUAGCAAAUUGUGUAUGAACAACGUACUGAACUUGGGUAUACCAAAACAUUUUUCAUUGAUGAGUUUGAACGAAUGGCACUUGGGAUGAUAUAUGAUAUGCUUUAAACGUCCCACAGGUGGCGCUGUUUAAGGAGAAGUGAGUUAUUCACUCAGGACUUUUUUUUUGUUUCAGGGACAAAUCGCAUCAAGUCUAACUCUAAUCAAACUUUCACAGAUUCAGAGCUGGUGAGUUUUUCUGGAUUCAGGCUUCAAUGGAUUGAGUUUUUUUUAUUAAAUUCAUUGUGUGGCUGAUUUGAAACUUGUUAUUUAAUCAACACAAUAACCGGAUCAUUAUUAGUAGCUUUCUUCAUAUAUUCGUCGUCUCUCAAUAACGCCAUCUAGAAUCUAUCUCUUUGAUCCACGUUUGCAGGUUAGAGGCUUUGAAAACUCAACCGUCGUACAAAUAGAGUCUGGAAAAAUUGUCGGCAAGAUUGAAAGCCUCCCACUUGGCAAAUCAGUCCUCACUUAUCUUGGGAUCCCAUUUGCCGAGCCUCCUGUGAAUGAAUUGAGGUUUGCUGCUCCAAACCAGGCCAAACCAUGGACAGGGAUCAGACAAGCGACAGACUACAAAGCUGCGUGCCCUCAGCCAGAUUUUCCAAUACCUAAUGUCAGAGUUGGAGAAGGUAAGGCAUGACGCUUUCAUAUAAAAUAACAUAUAGCAACAGAGCAACGAUUUCUGAUAAACAUAUAUUUGUUCGAAGUUACUGUUAACUCUUGCUUAAACACUUCCCUUUCUCAUAGUGGACGAAGAUUGCCUUUACUUGAAUGUUUUUUUACCGGCAUCCACUACAAAAGCCCGCGACAGGAAAGCAGUCAUGGUUUGGAUUCAAGGCCACAACUUCACAUUCGGUUCCUCGGCUCAUUAUCCGGCCCAUAUCUUGGCUUCAUUAAACGACGUGAUCGUGGUAACUUUUAACUACAGGCUUGGAAUAUUAGGAUUCCUGAACAUCCCUGGCACGGACUUAAAGGGAAAUUAUGGAAUGCAGGAUCAGGUAUACGAUCUAAUUGUGCGGUAAUGCAUUGUUAAAAUGUAUUGUAAAGAAGACAGUGUUAUCAUACAAAACACUUGGCAAUUAAAUUACAAACUAUACACACAAAAAAUAAAGAAUUAAACUUGACUCCUUUUUUUCUUCGUUAAAAACUUCAAGAUCCAUUCUUCUUGUGUAAAACGUAGUUAACCAACGAACAAAAAUAUCUAAGAAUUACUUUGUUUUACAUCUGCAGGUGAUGGCUUUGCAAUGGGUCAAUAAAAACAUUGCAAGUUUUGGUGGAGAUCCCAACAAUGUGACCAUAUUUGGUGAGGGUGCUGGGGGAAUUAGUGUCUCCCUUCAUCUUAUUUCUCCGUUGUCGAAAGGAUUGUUUCAAGGAGCCAUAAUUCAGAGCGGCUUUGCUACGUCACCUAUACUUAGAGGUAAUGGGGCAAGCACUCACACCUUGAAGGAAUUGAAGAAAGUCGCUAAAUGCAGGCCAGACAUGGAACUCACUCGUUGUUUACGGAGCAAAAGCCCGGCGGAAAUUAUUGAUACUCAAACAAGGUUUUCAUCGCUUUUCCCCACUAAGAUAUCAACAGAAGUUACCACGCCUGUUCCAGAUGGAGAAUUCCUUCCUGAAUUUCCCCAGAAGCUUUUCAAAGAAAGACGAUUUCCUGACAAAAGUGUUAACGUCAUGAUAGGGCUUACUUCACACGAAGGAGCUCUUGAUUUGGUCCUAGAGGCGGGAAAUCUCGCCCAUGUCGACAGAAAGGAGUUUGAAUUUACCAUAAAACGUUCACUUGGUCUUUGGCAAAACAGAGAUCGACAUAGAGUUAUAGAAGAGCUGGUCAAGUAUCGAUACACAGACCAUAAUGACCCUAGCAACAAAACUGCCAUCAGGGAAAUGAUGCUGGAGUUUGAAAGCGACUUUAAAUAUCUAGCGCCGGCAAUAUUUGAGGCCAGUGCUUUAGCGGAGGUAAAACAAACAUAGCUCAGUUAACUUGAUUAAAACACGCAACUUGAGGUUGUUGCUCGUUUUUUCUGACUUUUUUACCAAUAUAUAUGCUUUAUAAAUUUAAAGAGACAAAUGCCAAACUUCGGUGGUAUGCAUGUAAUUGCAUGUGCUUUGGAUUUUAAAGAAAUUCUUACCAACUUGCCGGCUCCAACUCUUUUUAAUCAGUGAAUAGUAUCGUCCCUAUGUCAAAGCACAAAUUAUAAGUAAUUAAUAAUAUGCUGUUUUUAUUUUAUAUCUUGCAUUUUAGACGAGAGAGAGAACCUACCUCUACGUAUUUGAGCAUCGUCCGGACUUUACGCAGUUCCCGGCAUGGGCUGGGACAGUUCGCGGGAUGGAUGUCUCUUUUGUGUUCGGAGCACCAUUUAAGAAGCUUUCCUCUUUAAUCGACUAUUUCACGCCCAGAUUUUCCGAAAUCGAAAAGGGCUUCAGCCUAUACAUGAUGAAACUGUGGACAGAUUUUGCCAAAUUUGGGUAAGAACUGAUCAGGGUGUUCCUUAGUUUCCACUUCUUCCUUCAAAAAUUUUGAAUUUAGGGAUCGGAAUGGGGCCAACUUUUAGGAGGAUCACGGCCUCUCUCGCCACGCGUCGCUUAGAAUCAAACGGUCUUUUCCGCACAUAGCAGAGUUAUUACUUAAUAGGUUAUUUUUCCUUUUCAGAUCUCCUACUCCUCCCGGUUCUUCGAAAAUCACAUGGCGACAAUUUACCAAAGACGAGCAGUUUUACGUAGCCCUCGACGUGAAACCGAGGCUGAAGCAACGCUUUAGAGCCAGCCAAGUAGCUUUUUGGAAUAAUUUCAUAAGUAAGAUUGGUAGAAGAGGACGCAAAGGGAAGACGACUCGCAGAUCUUAUUUGUAA